GUAUCCGCCAUGCCCAAGCAAGGAGACGCCCGGAGUCCGCGUAAGCAAGACCAAGUCGACUUGCCUUCGAAGAAGGCCAAGGUCGAGUCGCCGAAGAAGGCGCUGUCCCCUCGCAAGGCCCAUGCCAAGACCACGCUCCACUCAUACUGGCGUAGCAGCUGUUCUUGGCGCGUCCGCAUCGCGUUGAACCUGAAGAACAUCUCGUAUGACUGCGUCCCCGUCAACCUGUUGAAGGGCGAGCAAGUAAGUUCUGAAUUUGGUGCUGUGAACCCGAACAAGCGUGUCCCGUCGUUGGAAAUCGACGGCCAUGUCCUCAACCAAAGCGGUGCCAUCAUCGAAUACCUCGACGAAACGCGCCCUGAGCCAGCCUUGCUUCCAUCGGACCCCGUCGCACGCGCGCAAGUACGCAAUCUCGUCGGCAUCAUUGGCUGCGACAUCCAACCCGUCCAAAAUUUGGCAGUCCUCAAGCGUGCGACCGUCAAGCUCCCCGAAAGUGACCAAGCCGCGGAAAAGCUCGCGUGGGGCCGGGAGUGGAUCGAACGAGGGUUCGACGUCCUCGAAGAAGAGCUCAAGAAGACGGCGGGCACGUACGCGGUCGGGGACUCGAUCACGAUCGCGGACUUGUACUUGGAACCCCAAGUGUACAAUGCGAUCCGCUUCAAGGUGAACAUGGACAAAUUUCCAACCAUCGCGCGAAUCCAGGCGACCUUGUCCGCCCUCCCUGCGUUCCAGGCAAGCCAUCCAUCGGCGCAGCCCGACGCAACAGAAUAAGCAUCGCUUGCAUGAAUGCAAUAAGGACCUUCCCAUUCAUGAGCACGCA